AUGGACAAGGAAAAGCUCGCUCAGUUGCUGCAGGCCAGCCAAGUUCCCAACACGGAACAGGUCAAGGCUGUCACGGCCGACCUCCAGAAGAACUACUACUCCAAGCCCGAGUCUCUUCUGGCGCUCAUCGAGAUCGCUCUUACAAACGCAGACAAUGCUGUGCGACAGCUGGCCUCUGUCCAGGCCCUGCGCCUUGUGGCCAAGUUCUGGAAGAAGACCGCCCAGGACCAGAAGCCUCUUGUCCGCUCCCACCUGCUGGAGGGCACUCUGAAGGAGACGUCCGCUGCCAACCGCCACUCUCUGGCGCGUCUGGUCGCCGGCAUCGUUGGCGAGGAUAUGGAGCAGGGCGAUGGCGAGGACUUCCUGGCCCAGCUGCUGCCCCUCAACACCAGCGACAACGUCGUCCACCGCGAGGUUGGCUCGUUUGUUCUGUAUGCCAUGCUCGAGGACGAUCCUGCGCACUUCAGCGACCACACCGAUCAGCUGCUGCAGCUCUUCCAGGCUCGCAUCAACGACGACAGCAAGGAGGUGCGCAUGAACAUUGUUCGUGCCAUUGGCGCCAUCCUCAUGCUCGUUGAUCCCGAGGAGGACCCCAAGGCCCUCACCAUCAUGCAGGGAUUCGUCCCCAGCCUGGUCAACAUUCUCAAGGCCACCGUCGAGGCUGGCGACGAGGAGAGCUACGGCGCCGUCUUUGACGUCUUCCACUCCUUCAUCGCCUACGACUCUGCUCUUCUCAACCUCCACCUGCGCGACCUGCUCAUGUUCAUGAUUGAACUUGCUGGCAACACCAACGCCGAGGAUGAUCCCCGUUCUCAGGCCCUUGGUUUCCUCAUCCAGACUGUCUCUUUCCGCCGCAUGAAGAUCCAGGCCAUGAAGGAUCUCGGUGCUGAGCUCAUGGUCAAGGCCAUGCACAUCGUCAUUGAUCUGGACUCUGAAGACGAAGAGGACAUGUCCCCUGCUAGAGUGGCCAUCAGCCUGAUUGAUCAGCUGGCCAACGAGCUCCCUCCUCGCCAGGUUAUUGUGCCCCUUCUGGAGCAGUUCCCCGUCUUUGCCAGCAACCAAGACCCGCGCUACCGUAUGGCUGCUAUGCUGGCUUUGGGCAAUGCCGCUGAGGGCGCUCCUGAUUUCAUCUCUACCCAGCUGCAGCCUCUUCUGCCCGCCAUCAUCAACCUGCUGUGCGACUCUGAGACCAAGGUCCGACAUGCUGCUUUGGUCGGUCUUAUCCACCUUGCUGAGGAAAUGGCCGACGAGAUGGUUUCACACCACCAGCAAAUCAUCGAGGCUGUCUUGAAGAACCUUGAGUCUGCUUCCCAGGGUCCUUCUGACAAGACCAACAUCAGCAUCAUCCGAUGCGCCUGUGGUGCUCUCGAUACCUUCGGUGAUGGUAUUGACACCAAGAUCAUGGCCCAGUACGGCCCUGCCCUGAUUGGCCCCAUGGUUAAGCUGCUUGACCACAACGACUUUGGUGUCAAGGCCGCCGCUGCUUCCGCUCUGGGUGCUAUUGCUGCUUCUAUGGAGAAGGAGUUCCAGCCCUACUUCGAGAAUGUCAUGAAGUCUCUCGGCAACUUUGUCAUGAUCAAGGAUAGCGAGGAUGCCAUGAACCUGCGAAGCUCCACCUGCGACAGCUUGGGCCGCAUUGCUCUGGCUGUUGGCCCUGAGGCUUUCCAGCCCUACGUCAUGGAUCUGAUGAAGGCCAGUGAAGAGGCUCUUAGCCUCGACAACCCCAGACUCAAGGAGACCAGCUUCAUCCUGUGGUCCAACCUGUCCAAGGUCUACCACGAGCAGUUCGAGCACUUCCUUGAUGGCGUCUUCCAGGGUAUCUUUGCCUCUCUGGAGCUUGAAGAGGAGGAGCUUGACAUUCCUGGCAUUGACCCCAGCCAGCUCGACGAUGGCCACAUUGUCAUCGGUGGCAAGCGCAUCAAGGUCAAGUCCCCUCAGAGUGAAGAGGAUCUUACUAUUGCCACUGGAGGCGAAGCCGAGGAUGAGUGGGAUGACAUCGAAGAUCUUGCUGACCUCGCUGGCGGCACCACUGCUGUCGCCAUGGAGCAGGAGAUUGCCCUUGACGUCCUUGGAGAUGUCAUUUCCAACUCUUGCAACAUGAACAACCUCGAGACCUACGUCGAGAAGACCAUUGAGAAGGUUUUGCCGUUCACCGACCACGACUACGAAGGUUGCCGCAAGACUGCCAUUUCUACCCUGUGGCGCAUCUAUGCCCGUGUCUUCCAGGUCUGGGAAGAGGGCUCUGGCGUCAAGUGGGAGCCUGGCAUGCCCCCCAAGCCCACUCCUCCUGCAUCAAUUGCCAAGAUUGGCGAGACUCUUCACGAGGCUACCAUGACCAUCUGGGCCAACGAUAGCGACCGAUCCGUUGUCACCGACAUCAACCGCAAUGUUGCCGCCACUCUCAAGGCUUGCGGUCCUGCAGUCCUGACUGCCAAGGAUGGCAUGCUGCAAGAGGUCAUCUCCGUCGUCACUCUUCUGAUCACUCGCUCUCACCCCUGCCAGCUAGAUCUUGGCGAUGAGGACGAGGAGCAGGAGGUUGAGGACGCUGGAUCCUCAGAGUACGACUGGCUUGCCAUUGACACCGCCCUGGAUGUCGUUGUUGGCCUUGCCGCUGCUCUGGGCCCUGCUUUCGGCGAGCUGUGGAAGAUUUUCGAGAAGCCCAUCUACAAGAUGGCCAGCUCUACUGAGGACCUCCAGCGAUCGACUGCUGUUGGCACUAUUGCCGAGCUCGUUAAGUACACAGGCGAGGCAAUUACACCAUACACCGAGUCUAUUGGACAGGCCUUGAUCCGCCGACUGUCUGAUCCUGAUGCCUUGACCAAGUCCAACUCCGCCUACGCUAUUGGUCUGUUGAUCUUCAACUCCACCGAUACCGCCAAGACGGUCCCUAUCUACCCUCAGCUUUGGGAGAAGUUUGAGCCAAUGCUGGCCAUGCGCGACAUGCACAUUACGGACAAUGUCGCCGGAGCCCUGUCUCGAAUGAUCCUCAAGCACGCUGAUGCUGGAUUUGUUGCCCAGGCCCUCCCCGCCAUUGUGGCUGCCCUGCCCCUCCAGGAGGAGUAUGAGGAGAACGAGCCCAUUUACCAGGCCAUUCACACUCUCUACGAUCAAUCCAACGAAACCGUCCAGCAGCUGACCCCCCAGCUGAUUGGCGUUUUCGAAAAGGUCCUGUCUCCUCCCCAGGAGCAGCUCGAGCCCGAGACCCGCCAGAUCAUCUCUCAGACUGUGAAGGCCCUCUACGGAGCUAAGCCGGACCUGUUUGCCAAUAACCCCAACUUGCUGAGCCUCGCCCAGUAA